AUAAAAAGCAGUAGUAGUAAUGCAGAAAUAGUAGAAGCAGCAGCAGCAGGAAUAGUAAACAGUAAACAUAGCAGUGGAGUUGGUAGUAUCGCAAGAAGAAGAGAAAGAAGAAGAACCAGCACUUUCGGCAGCGGCAGAGGCAGCACCCGUAGCCUCAGUGUUUUCCAUGUUCCUACCACCACCACCACCACCCCGUGAGUUCUGAAGCCCCAUGAGGUGUGGACCAUGGGCGGCGAGGAGGCUUGUUGGGGGGGGACUGGUGUGGGGGCUGACGGCGGUGGUGGUGGAGGGAGCCACCGAGGACUUAGGAGUGGACUCGACGAACGCGCACGGGAUAGAGCUGGGCGAAAUCUCCUUCAUGCAGUUCCUCCUCUUAUCGUGUGUGUUCCUACUGCUGUGUUUGUUAGACGGGAAAAAAAUGCUCCCGAUCUACGUGGAUUUGGGCAAGCUGUUCUAUCAUGAGGACAAGGAGGAACAAUUUACGGAGGAAGGUAUUGGUGAUGGUGGUGGUGACGAGGAGGAACAAUUUACGGAGGAAGGUAUUGGUGAUGGUGGUGGUGACGAGGAGGAACAAUUUACGGAGGAAGGUGAUGGUGAUGGUGGCGAUGUUUAUAGUGGUGGUGAUGGUGAUAGUGGUGGUGAUGAAGUGGAGAUGACCGGCGACUACUACUACUACUACUACGACGACUACGCAACGACCAGGACGAGGAGUAGGAGGAGGAGGAGGUCGCUGAGAGGAGCGAAAUUUGAGGUCACCGCAAGUUUCCUGCUGGACUGCCCGCUCCAGUUCGUGUGUGAGGUGGACGACUGGGCGAACAGGGACCACGUGGGCCUGCUGGAGAACCUGCUCGCCUACUGGUUCAGGAACCCGAAGAAGAGGUGGCGACGCCCGGAUGCUGCGGUGUUCGGCGGGGUGGGGAGCUGCCAGGAGAUGUACCCUUGCCCCUUUGACGUGCAGGAGGUCGUGGGCAUCAGGAUUCCAGGCUCAAACUACACCUCACCCUUCUCCUCGUCCUCCUCGUCCUCCCGUAUUCCAUCCUCCUAUUUCCCGAGUGGUUUACCUCCGUAUUCCGUCCUCUGACUCCGUGUUUGAGCUGCGCAGUGUCUUUA